AUGGAGCGCAACCUCACGGAAGCGCUUCUUCGGCAGCUCACAUCCGCUCUAGUGGACGUUGCCGGCAAGAAGGAGCCGUACCAGGAACAGAAAUGGAUCCUCACCAUCAUUGCCUUCGCAAUGCUGGAAUAUGCUGUCACCCACCACCAAGACAGGACUUGGUCUGGUAAACCACACCUCGAUCAGGCGUUGUUGGGGACAACCGUGAAAAACGUUCCGAGACACUCGAAUCGAUUUGAGAACUUGGAGCGAAUUACAGAACAAACGCUGGCUCAAGCUCGACGCCCUCUUAAGGACUUCUACACCCUGGUGAAGCAAUGGCUGCCAAAACCGCUGCGCUCAUCGACCGAAGCGAAUCUGUCCGUCAACGGCGGAAAUGACUCAGUUAAUCUUGGCCACAUCAAGAGCACAGUGCCUCACGAAUUCCGCUAUUGGCGACUGCUUUUCGGCGAGCCUGAGUUGCUUAUCCCUAUCUUCGAAGACGACGUCGGCAAGACCCUACAGCAAAUUGCCCGCGGGGACCUGUUAUUGCCAACACUAUUGAAAUGCGCUCCCGGACACUUGCGAUGCUCUGCGUACUCACUAGCUGAAGUUAUCAACUUCAUGGCUUGGUCCCGCACACCCGAGGCUCAGCCGUUGGUAGAUCAGAUCACUGCACCAGGCGCCGGUAUUUCAACAGGGAGAAAAAUUGAAGCAGUCCAGUACAAGUUCGCAGCCAUAACUUCUGAUCGCGUCAUCGACACUGGCAAUACGUACGGCAUCCGUAUCAAUUUCGCCCAGUAUUGGUACGCCUUGGAGAGUACCGCUACGAAGUGGUCUACCGUCAAUCUUGGUUCAGGAGCACAGUGUCUCGCAGCUCACUCUGCCUGGGGAACAAUGCGAAUCUGGGCAGAGAACGGCUUGCUCUUACUCAGCUUCUUACCGGUGUAUCGCGCCCCGGACCCAGCGCUAUGGGGUCGGGGGCUGGGAAGAGUCGGGGUGAUAAGGAUGAUUUGGAUUGAGGAGCUGCAGUCGCCCAGGGCCCAGCGUGUUGCGUUCCAUCUCAUGCAGUCACAGCUCGCGGUCCUUGAAUCAGCAGUUGUCCAGGUGGUUGCAGCAAUUCGUGCGCACACUCCAAAGUGCAGCUUCAAUGACGAUUACAUCCGUCGGCGAUCUACACCUGAGCUCUUCAACAAGGACGAUAAGGCAGCUUGGAGAGUCAAGCAACUAGAGCUACGCUGUCAGGCGUGGAUUUUGGGCUUGGAGUCUGGAACUCUACUUGUGGACGAUGCUGGCGAUUCCCGCUCUAGGGGUUCCCCCGAUCACCGAAUCGUUAUGGAAGCUUUCUCGAUCUGGAAAGAUGUACUGUCCUCCCCCGGCUCCAAACAGCUCCACGCUUGUCUGGCGAUGCUAUCGGAACCCGGCUCCACAGCGCCAGCAGCCGAAGCAGCCACUUCGGCCGACAUCAACCACUACCUUCCGAGUCCUGCACACCGAUGCGAUAUCUGCGACGUUUUAGAACCCAUCUUCUGUGGAAAACUCCGCGAACACUCCGACCUGACGAGACUUAUCCUCUGCGAUGCCCAGAUACCUGCCAGGCAGCAGAAAGAAUGGAAAGAACAUGUCCUUCUCAGCUGUUUCGAGAUGCUUCACCGAAUCGGCCGCUGCUGCGAAUUCGGGCGCAUCAUCCCUGAGAUUGCAGAGUCCAUCCGUCCAUGGGAUUGGCAAACGGCCUGGCUCGUGUAG